AUGCGCUCUCUUGCACAUUUCAGCACAGGAAGACAAAGCGGAAAUAAGAAACGAAGAAGAAGCUUCAUCGGGAGGAGGAAGAAGGUGAAUGGCGGAGAGGUCAGCCAUAUUCGUGAGGUCGGAAUCUGCAGCGCAGUGGUAAAUUUUUAAUACAUUUAUUUCAUUCCCGGACAGAUUAAAACGAUUCAUGACAUUUGAAGGAUUUAUUUAUCAGCAGAACAUGUGAAACCGGGUCUUAGUCGCCCUGUUCUGAGCAGGUCUCCUUGUUUCGCUCUUGUUAGCUCUCUGAGAUCCACAUCAAAGACCCUUCACAGAGACCUGAACUGCUCUGUUUCACUAAAUCCUCUCAGAUUAAUUCAUGUAAACUGAUCAAUCUAUCCAUGUCCGUAUGGGACAGACUGAACAGUUUAAAGCAGCAGUCAAUGUUUCCACUUCAGCUGCAGGUUCAGGGACUCAGAUCGGGGACUUUAGUCGUAAGAGGUCUGUUUGUGGUCCUUUAGUCUGCUCUCCGUUCGCAUUCAAACACUCCGAAUUACAUCACCGUUUUUUUUCUCUCUUUACGAUCAAACUUUAUUGAUAAAAAAACAAACAAACAGCGCCCCCAAGCGAUGAUCUACGUUUCAUGAAUGGAAAUUACUGUGACAGAAAGUGAUAAGAAGCAGCUGAUAGUGAUUUCUAACGUUUUUGUUCAUUUUAAACAAAGUUUGUAUUUUUAUUGUUUCCAUGAAAAAUUUCUGCUAAUUUUAAGUUGAAUGUCGGCAACACUUCUCUGAAAAACUGAUUCAGGAUCAUGUUUCUUAUCGGCGUCAUCAGCCCUUUCUUGACCAACACUCUGUAAACGUUAGUGAACCCAGGAGACCAGUUUCUGUGUCUCCAUACCAUCAGUGAUUCAGACUGGGAGCUGAUAACAAUCUGGGUGUUCCCUCUACUCUAAACAGAACAGAUGAUGCAGCGUCCAUGAUUUCCAAAAAGAGUGUAUCAACUCCCCCUCAGUCCAGAUAGGACAGGCUCAGGUUCAGAGAGGUAUCUGGGGUUUGAAUGAUAUAAUGUACUGUAGAUGAUGAAAUUUACCACUGUACCGUUUCAGUUAUUGUUUUUAUUUUUAAUUAUUUUGAACCUUGUAGUUCUAAAAACAGUCUCCUGCAAGUUUCCAGAACGUUUUUUAGAAGUGGGUUUUAAAAGAGUAGAAAACCUGUCUCACACAAAUGACAGCAGGUCUCCUGUAUCACCAACUCUUUGGUUCUCUGUCUCCCUCUCUCUCUCUUUCUCUUCCUCCCGCUCUCUCUCCCUCUCUCUCUCUUUAGAUGCCCAGACACUGCUCAGCAGGUGGCUGUAAAUCUCGGGACAACCGUGAGAGUCGUACAGCAGGAAUCACCUUCCAUAAGUGAGCGUUCUUCACAGAUCUUUCCCAUCAGGGUCACACAGACUUCUUCUUUUGGCAGCUUUUGGUUAUUAAUCAGUAUUAACUUCCUUUAUUAUAAGUGUGUCCAUCAUUGUCUUAGUUCUUCUGCUGAUCUUUCUAUGUCUCUGACUGAUGGAGCUGCUGGAUUUAUUGAUUGAAAAAUGUUCUUCAUCAGCUUAUUCUAAGUUGACAGCUCAACGGUCAGCAGAAACAAAACUGCUGCAAAUCAGUUCCCUCCACAACUCCACAGCUGAGUCCUUCAUAUCCUAAAUUUAACAAGAUGAUACAAUGAACUGAGGUUUCAAUAAAGACGCUGAGAUGUUGGAGUCAUUUUAGUUAUUUUUCACAGCAACAUGAACCUCCACAGUUUUAUCAUACUGUAAAGAAACAGGAAGUGCACAAUUCUGUGUCGAAAAAUCCUGCAUUGAUCUAGAAACAGCAGCCCUGAACUCAAACAAAUGAGUGUGAUUGUGUUAGAUUAAAUACCUGUUUGUCAUUUAACCUGAAAGAGAAUCAAAGUGGUUGGAGUGUCAGAAUCAUGAUACCCUGAUCGAUCAUAAUAGUUAGUUUUUGACCUUCAGAUUGCCAAAAGAAGAAACUCGGAGGAAACUCUGGAUCACAAACUCUCGGCGUGCCGACCCCUGGGACCCUCAGAGUGACUUUGUUUACUUCUGCUCUCGACAUUUCACUCCUGAGAGUUUCGAACUGACCGGAUACAGGUGAGCAUGUGGUUCAGAAUGACCCUUUUUUUCUUCUAUAUGGUGUAUAGGAGUAUAAACUUUGACCUUUUUAUUCCCUUCACAGUGGGAUCAGAAGAUUGAGGGAGGAUGCUUUUCCCACAGUGUUUAAUCUUCCUGCCACAGCUAAACCCAAGAGAGCGGGGAGGCUGCAGAAACAAGGAGACACUUCUCUCAGGUAAACACAUGUGAUCAGGAGUCCUCCUGUAAACAUGUCAAAUGGGAAGACUUUUAUAUUUCAGCAAGACAAUGACAAACCAUAUUCUGCUUGGAUCACAACAGCAUGGUUCUGUAGUAGAAGAGUCCUGAUGAUAAACUGGCCUGUUAAAGGUGGGGUAGGCAGGAUCUGAGGAAGUGCCAGUCUUUGGGAGAAAUCUUGAAUGUAAACUCUACCCCUCCCAACCAGUUUUCCCCUCAGCUCCUCCUCUCCCCUCCCUCUCUGCUCCAGUAAGCCCCGCCCACAAACAGACACUCGUGCUCGCUCGUAUCGUUUCAAUUAAAUUCAGAUAUAAUGCAGAGAAAUACUUUAGAUAAUUACAAAUGGGGCCUAGUCAACAUUAAAGUAAAAAGCAUUAGUGCUACUGUAGAUGCCAACAGACUACCAGCAAACACAAUGUUCUCAGGACUUCUACAACUAGGAUAAAGUGACAUAGUCCAGGACCCGAAGUAAACAGUUUAGUGGCGCUACAACACGCAGCAGGUCCAGUUUGACAAGAAACACUUCUGUUACACUUAGCUUACUUUGUUUAAGCGGUUUACCGGUCCAGCAGGAAGGUUACAGGGUCCAUAAGAGCACAAAGCGUCCCCCAUCAACCCGGCUUUUUAGCUCUUGUCCAGUCUACCUCCUUUUUAAGCGGCUGUUAUUCCGCCAGAGUUUCCAGUAUUUACUUUGUUUUUCUUGCUUGUGUUGGCAGUCAUGGCUAAAGGAGGAUUCAGACAAUUUUCCGUACUUUCUGGUUGCUUUCUAUUGUCCGAUAUUGUAGCACGCUAACUUUGUUUGGGCUCGUGAACGACACAAGGGUGCAGCGUCUGCCUCACAACCAAUUAGGUUGGGGGAGGCGGAAAAUGCCUUUGUUUACAGUCAAAAAAGAGCGGGCCACUCAAAAAAUUUAAAAUGUUGACUACACAGACACAACAAAACACAGCGAUAUUGUUAUAUUAUCAAAUGUCAUCAAUAACUAAUAGCUAUUGACUGAUAUUAAAAGCUUUUUUGUAUAUACACCACAAACAAAGAUGCUUCUUUAACAGAAUUCGUCCUACCCACCUUUAAUAUUCCUGAUACUAAAACAGGAUUCAUUAUCUGAUAUGAAGAGUUUGUUUUUAUGUAAAUGAACAGUCUGAUUUGUUGGUUUGGGUUGUGUGGUGAUAAUAACAGCUGUUUCAUGUUACGAUUAACUUAAAUAUUAAAUGAUUCAUUGAGGUUUUUGUUGCUCGUCUUUGUGAAUGAAGAGAACGGUUUGAAACAGCGCUCCUUUAGUACUUGAUCAUUUUUCUCUGCAGAAAGAAUCUGCUCUCAAGUGACCAGGAGAAAACUCAGGAAAGACAAGAGAAGGAUGACAGUCACCCCUCUGAGGAAGCUGCAGGUCAAAGGUCAGCUGCAGCACCUGAGCAGACUCCUGAAAAUACACCGGCACCAUCUCAGGGGCUGUCAGAAGGGGGGGCGAACUCACCUGAAGAAAAGGCUCCUCCACCAGAACCAGAGCCUAGACCCGUGUCCCCGUCGCGCUACAUGAGACGCCUCCCACCUCCUCCGGGUUUCUACCUAUCCAAGGAGCACAGUUAUGCUCAGCUCUGCCCCCUGCUGUGGAGGAAGCGUUAUGACCAGGCCAUUGGUUGCUUGGAGAAAGCGCUAAUGCAGCUGCACGCAGCCCGGCGGAGGGAGAACAGGCUUAGGAGCACCGUGCACAGACUGCAGGACAAACGGCUCAGACAGGCUCUGCAGGUGUCCAGAGAUCUUUUUAAGGACCGGACAAGCUGGAGGAGCUGGAGUCCUGGAGGGGAGAGGCGGCGAGGCCUAGGAGGCUGUGACCUGGGGGAGGGGGAGAAGGAUGUAUGUGAGGAUACAGGAGAGUCUGAGGACGGAGGUGGAGAUCAGUUGGAGUUAGGAGGUUCAAUCAGUGGCUAUGAGGAGGAAAGGGGGCGCUGUUUCUUCUGCGGGAGAGGACAGGGGAAAAGCAGGGGUUCAAAAACUGGGGACCACAGACAGAACACAGCUGAGGAUGUUUCUCAGAGAAAAAACUCCAACUGUCCUCGUAGCAACGCAGAAAAAGUCCAAGAAACAGAGAUGUUUAGGUCACAAAGUCCACCUGAGAUGCGUCCCUCAGGAUCAGGUCCAUCCGUCUUGGUCCAGACUCAGACUCUGCAGCCUGUGACUCCUGCUGGACCAUCUCUGUCAGGUGUUCAUGAGCAGUUUUUAGGCUCUCAGCAAACAUUUGUGCUCUCUGAAGGGGAUCCUGAAUCUGCAGGUCAGCAGCUGUUCUGGCUGCAGGACUGCGCACAAGGUCAAGUGGUUCUGGUUCCUGUCCCAACUGAAGAAAGACUGCAGGGUCUCCUGAAAAAAGACUCUGACGGGGUGCAGACUGUCUUGGUGUCGGAGGUGGACCUUAAAGGAGGGUUUGGUCAGCUGACAGAGAGUGGUGGAGGUCUGUGUGGGGAUGGAGAGCUCAACGAGCAGCAGACCGUCCCCAACCUGAGGGAGGAUGUGAGGGAGAAGCUCAAAGAACACCUGGAGGGGUUCCACCUGCAGCUCAGCUCCGAGUUUCUCACCUGA